AUGCCUCGUCUCUACCAUAGGUCUCAGCUUGCGCUGCACAUCAAGCGGGCCAUUUGUGCCCAUCAUCAGGCAAACCCUCUGCUGCGCCACGUGGACCUCGCACGAUGGUGUUUCACGCGUUUUGGUGUGAGGCCCGACCGUUCGACCAUUGGUCGCGUUCUCAAAGGCGCCGACCGGUGGGACGUUCCUGAUGACGCCGUGGACGCCAUUCGCGUCCGCGGCGGGGCAUACCCCGAACUGGAGCGCUCGAUGGCACGAUGGAUUUCGAAUGCAGGCCCCGCUGGCGUCCCUCUGACCCUCGCCACUAUUCGCGACCAUGUUGCGACGAUGGCGCGUGCGAACGGCGUUCCGCCGACUUUCCGUUGCUCCAUCGGCUGGGUCCGCCGUGCGCUGCGCCGCCAGGGAGUACGGUGCAUGAGCGCGGUCGGCGAGGCGGCCGACCAGGAUCUCAACGCAGUGCGCACCACUAAGGAGAAGCUUCCUCAGCUUCUCAUGCAUCUCGGCGUGCGCCCGCGUGAUACUUUCAACUUCGACGAGACUGCGCUGUAUAUCAGCGUGCUUCCUCACAAAACGUACGGCACGGGCAGGUCGGCCGGGCGGAAGGUUUCGAAGGACCGCCUGACCGUCGGCUUCUUGGUUAAUGCGGACGGGACGCACGCAUUCCGUCCGCUUGUCAUCUCCAAGGCUAAGCGGCCACACGAUUUCAGGCUGGAUUUCGACCCCGAGGAGUAUUGCUACUGGCGCAACACCGCUAAGGGGUGGAUGACCAAAGCCCUCGACACCGCUAUGUACGCAGAGGGCCGCCAAGUCGUCGUGCUGCUCGACAACGCGAGCAGUCACACACUGACAACCGAGGGCGCCGAAACCGAGGAUCUAUUCGGGUUCCGCACGCGAAAGCUCAGUAACGUGCGCCUCGUCUACCUGCCGCCGAACACCACCUGCUUCACGCAGCCACUCGACCAGGGGAUGAUCGCCAUGACGAAGGCGCGGUACCGCCAGCACUGGCUCCGCGCCUUCACCGGCAUGUGGACUGCUGAUGGCGCGACUUCCGCGGCGGCAAGGUUCAAGCCGAACCUCCGUCGCGUGCUGGAAUGGCUCCAUGACGCGUGGAUGAAUAUCCCGCACGUCACUAUCCAGCGCUGCUGGUGGCGCACCGAGUGCCUACCGCGGGCGUGGGCGAUGGAACUCCCGCACGUGGAACAAAGCGGCGACUCACAAGUCCAGGCUGGGGGUGACAUUGGCCUGGACGAGGAGCUGAACGACGUAGGCUUUUUAAUCGAUCGACUCGGCCUCGGGCCGUCCGCGCUGCCUGCUUCCGAGUUCGUCGGAAUUGACGACAACCAGCCGACGUGCGCCGAGCCGGGCGAGGACCCCCUGGCGCGGGAGCCAGCGUCGGCGCAGACGGCGAAUAUGUGGGAGGCGCCGGCGGCGACGCAAGCGGUGUACGACGAUAACAACCCUGCGACGCGCGAAGCUCGUCGCACUGCAUGCGCCGCCUGCGAGAUGCUCAUUGGGUACGCGCGUGCGACGUGCAUCACGCCGAGAGAUUUGUGCGCGCUGUUUGACAUCCGCAACCCCAUGAUCAUCGCGCGGAUGGAGCGUGCAAGCCCGGCACUUAAUCUUAACGCUACUCCGCCGCCAGCGCCGACACACGAGGACACCCCGCCGGCUGAGACUCCACGUCGCCGCGGUCGCCUUUUGCCGGCGUGGAUGGCGGUGCCGACCCCUGACUGGGUUGCCCAAUCUGCUCGCCGGCAGGAGCUUAUCGACGCUGGCGCUCCCGCCGUGAUGAGCGGAUAUCUCGCUGCGGCAGAGUGGAUGAGGCUGUGA